AUGGGCAACAAACAAGCAAAGAAACACGCAACCUCCCAUCUACAAACUUUCCACGGAAUUUUCUCACAUUACGGAAUGAUAAAUUUCGAUGAGCAAAAUUUGCAACAAAAUUCAAAUACUUCCUCAGCAACUCCACAACAAGAGAGUACUAGUAUUGUAAGGAAUUUGAAGGAAAUUCUGGAGGGAAAACAUCAAAUCAAGUUGAAUCCCGAGAUGGAAGAUAAAAUUUGUGGAUGGAUUAUUAAGAAUUUUACCGAUUUGGAAAAGUGGAAAAAAGUUGAAGUUUCCCGACAAGUUGUUUCGAGCUUUGAAAAGUUGUUUGAUGGAAAAGUUGGACAGAAGGGUGAGAAGGAGUGGAAGAGUGUUGUUUUGGAUAUGAUAAAUUACAUCAUUCCGAAAUAUUUGAAAGGUUUUGGAGUUGGAAAUAGACAAUUGUGUGAAGUUACAAUAUUUAAUAGUGAUUUGAGAGGUGAAAUGCCGAAUAUUGACUUGUUAACAACACUUGACAAGGCACAUAAAUUGCAGGAUUUAGAUUUUUCGAUUAAUAAUUUGACAAGUUUGAAUGAAGAUUGGUUUAUUGGAAAAUUAUCACAAAAUGGAGAAUCAGAUUUGAAGAAAUUAGCACUCUCUGGAAAUAUGUUUGAACAUUUGAAUUUACCAAAGGGAGAAUGUGCCAUCUUUCCAAAUUUGAAGAAUAUAUACUUGCAUAAUAACAUCAUGCUGAAAACAUUCCCUAAAUGGGUUUGUUAUCAACCAAAGAUUGAGAUUUUGAAAUUAUACGAAUGCCAAAUUGAAGGACUAAUUCCAAAAGAAUUAUUUAUUCAUGCCAAGACAAUGCUUACUUUGGAAAUGUACAAUAAUAAUUUGGAUGGGUUUGAAACAUUCAAUGAUGAAGACUUGAAUAGAUUGGAAUUGUUAAAAUUGUCAACUCUAGUGUUGCAUUCCAAUAAUAUUUCACAACUCCCUUCCACUCUGUUCAAUGGUAAUAUUUUUGGCAAUUUGAAGGAAUUGUUCGUUUCAUUCAAUAACUUGACAGCUUUCCCAGAAAGCAUGGGAGAUUUGAAUCAUUUACACACUAUUAUUGCAGAAUCAAACCAAAUUGCUGACAUCCCAUCUUCCUUUGCCAAAUUGAGCGUACUCAGAGAACUCAACUUGGCCUUCAACAAACUCACACGAUUCCCAACCGAACUCUUGGAAUUGGAAAGUUUGGAAACACUCGAAAUUAACAAUAAUGCCAUUGAACAAGUUCCUCUGGAAGCAUCUGAGUGGAGUAAAUUACGUCGGUUAGCAAAAUUGACCCUCUCUAGAAAUUUGAUUAAAAAACUACCAGAGAAUUGGAUCUCAGAGUCAUGCCUAUUCUCAAUGCAAAGAUUAAAUGUGGGAUAUAACCAAAUUGAGGAAUUGAACAUUUUUGGAACAUUUGACUCCAACCUAAUGUAUGACGAGAAACCAAUCAUUCCAAGACUCUCACAAUUCAUAUCUUGUGGUAAUCGAGUGAAGCAAUUCCCAACAGCCCUAGUGGAGAUUUUCAAGGAAACACUACAAGUGAUUUACUUGGGUCACAAUGAAAUGCAAUCCAUUCCUGAUAUGAGUUCAGUUUCGAGAUUAGUUCACUUGAAUUUGUGUUACAAUAAUAUUGAAGGCGAGUUGAGAGAUAAAUGUCGAUGCUUUGGAGGUUUUCUGGAAGAUUUAUACCUCUUGCCAGGUUAGUAAUUGUGUGCAACACUGUUUGUUGUUUGGCACUGAUGCUGUAUUUUGGCCCUUCAGAAAAUUCCAAAUUGUCGUUGUAAUAAAAGACUAAUUGGUUGUUGUUUUUCAGGGAAGAAUCGAAUAUGUUUAUUCGAUUAGCCAUAUACUUUACCAAGUGUGAGUCAACGGUUUUGUAAGAAGAACUCAACCCCAACUUGCAAAGUAAAUCCACAUCUCUUGCACUGACGCCUGUAGAUAUCAAAAACACACCAAUUACUGAGGAGAAUAGGGUAGCCCUUUCAUUCAUAGCAUUGGCCAAAAGAUUCAUGGCAACAGAGAUCAUGCGAGUCUUUCUUUGGUAGAGUUGGAGGUUUUCUUUCUUGAGAGUUGAAAGUUUGGAGGAGUAUUUUCGGCCAAAGCAUAUACGAGAAAGCAUGUUGAAGAGAGUAACAUAUAUCUGCACUGGUUCAUCACAUAGGUCGAGAAUGGAGGUGCUGGUGGAGAGGUGUUGUGUAUUGCGAUUUGCCAAUUUCUCUAGUUCUGAUGAUGAUGUGUUGAAUAUUGUUUCCAAAGGAGAUUGGUUAGAUGCUCGGGCAAUGUUAGGAUUAGAGUAGAAUAUCUCUAGUGAAUUGUUAACAGUGGUGCUCAGGUUGUUAACAUCUGCACCUUUGGCCACCAUUAACUCGAAAACCUUGUUGCUAAUACGAAGGGGCUUGUUGGAGGCC